UUUGUUCUCUCUUGAAGUAAUAAUAUUUAAAAAGUUCAAGAUAAACGACUACAAAAUCAUUGAUCAUGUAACAGUCAACACUCAAAUAACAAGUUGAUGCACGCAUCCGCAACUUUUAGACAACAGCCACCACUAUAAAGCUAGCUACUUUGGUUGUCCUUCCAUCAUAAUUACACAAUACAAAAAAAUCUGAUAUUAAGACUACGAAGGACACCCUAAUAUGACAAAUUUAUGUAAGAGAAUUCACAUCCAUCUGGCGGCUGGAAAGCUCGGUCUUGGUUUGGCCUUACCUGAGCUUGCUAGAAAGUCCGAUCAGGCAGUCAUCACGGUGCAACGUGCAUCUAAACAGUUCAAGGAGCUAGCUUCAAGAGCGCCUAUCACAGUACCAUUCCGUGUCAACGAUGCGAAGAUCUGCAACUUCGCUGUGGUUUCGUCAGUGCCGCAACUACACUCUGCACUCGAGGCCAAAGAAUCAGUGGACGAUUCAGACAGCAAUGGAGCUCGAAUGAUUCUUCUGCUGUCAGAAGAUGACUCAGUUGUUGGGGCAGCAGCGAAGCUUGGUACGUCGUUCAGUACCAGCUUAGGUCCUGGGUUAGACAAAGUCACAAAGAGUACUUUAGAUGCGGGUGCGCUAUUAGAUACAGAGGUCUCUAAGAAUCAGAGGAAGAAGUUAUAUGCUUGUGAAAACGAUCAUGAGGCUGUGGAAAAACUAGGAAAGGACCUGGAUAAGUAUAUUGAAGUCGUCCCUAUGCUUGUAGAUAAGAUUUGCAUCGAUCGUAUCAUUGGCGUCGAGGAUGGAAUCAAGUGUACCACCGAAUCUUGGGAGGGCUAUAUCUUACCAAUGGAUGCGGCCUCAGAAAAUCCUACAGUUGAGAAUGAGGAGACCAACCCAUGGCCCACCAACUCGGUCACUGUGUUUGCAAACAACGCAGCUACAGAGGAGUACUUAUUUAAACGCAAAUGGUAUCUUGUCAAUGGCACACACACUACGCUAGCGUUCCUUACAGUGCGCAACAAAGAGGGCGAUGACCACAAGGGUCUGCCUGAUGGCGACCAUCCGCUUAUAACAUAUGAAAAAUCAACUGCGCAACAGCGGAAGGUCAUCGACCAUUGGUGUGUGGCCAGGGCUGUCAUGCUAUUCGAAGAGCACACAAUCGACGCUAUAUGCGAUGGCCUGUAUACAAUGAAGGAGAUAUCAGAAAAGCGGGUACCCGAGGGCGAAGUGUUCAAUCGAACCAUCAAUUACUAUCAUAAAGUAUUACAACGUAUGGGUGCUGUAGAUGAUAUGUCUCAGCGCGUGUUUGACAACGAUGUGAAGGAAUCGUUCCGGAUUCGCCUGCAGCCUGUUGGUGAAUUUUACAGAGAGCAUGCGGAACUUUCGGAUCUCUCUAAACAAUUUUUGCAACAUGUCAACGUCGAUGAAGAAGAACUUAGGAAGAGUAUUCAUCACUUCACUGAGGUUAGUGAGCAGUUCACAAUGGAUAGCGAAGAGGCAAUUUAGUUCGCUACGUUCAACAGGGCUGACAUCCCUAGCGUAUGGUAGGCCGUUUUGUUCUUCAACCGUUUUGCUCACAAAUUUAUUUAUUGAAGAAUAGCUGCUAACAAUAAAAUCGACUAACUCAGCUUUAGUAACAUAUGAUUUGCAAAC